AUGCGAGGCCAAUCAAUCCACCUUCAGCCCACGACUCACGACGACGGCUCGAAGACGGACCUGGUGCGCCAUGACACGUUGAGUCUUUUCGAAACAGAAGAUGGCACCAAGCAUGAACAGGCUUAUCCACCCCCGUGGAAAGUCGCCAUGAUCACGGUUGGGCUGGCCCUAGCCGUGUUUUGCCUCUCCUUAGACAACACAAUCCUCGCAACCGCUAUCCCCAAAAUCACCGCCGAAUUCAACUCGCUGGAGGAUGUUGGGUGGUACGCGAGCUCCUAUCUCAUCGCAACGUGUGGGUUGAGCGUCCUCUUCGGCAAACUAUACACCUUCUACUGCAUCAAAUGGGUCUACCUCGCCGGCCUAGCAAUCUUUGAAAUCGGCUCCCUCGUCUGUGGCCUGGCAGGAAACUCUAUGUCCCUGAUCAUCGGACGCGCAAUUUCAGGCAUCGGCGCUGCAGGACUGUUCUCCGGAUCCCUAUUGAUCAUCGCAGAGACCAUCCCUCUGAGCAAACGCGCAUUAUACACAGGGCUACUAACGGCCGUUUUCGGGGUCGCCGGCGUAGCUGGCCCUUUGCUCGGAGGUGCAUUCACAGACUACGUGAGCUGGAGAUGGUGCUUCUAUAUUAACCUCCCCCUUGGCGGCGUCACAGCGGUCUUCAUUUCCUUCUUCUUUGGCGCAAAGGAGCCAAUUAAACAGACAAACGGGCUCGCCGACAAACUCUCGCAGCUCGACUUGAUUAGUAUGUCGGUCUUUUUGCCAGGGACCAUCUGUCUGUUGCUUGCAAUCCAAUGGGGAGGAUCAGAAUACGAAUGGAGCAGCGGCACCAUCAUCGGACUCUUCGUGGCCUUUGGCAUACUUAUAAGCGUCUUCAUUGCGCUGCAGUACUGGCGACAGGAACGCGCCACCAUCCCCCCACAGUUAAUCAGCAACCGAAAUGUCUGGGGAUCCGCUGCCUUUGCAUUCUGCAUGACCUCGUCAAUGAUGGUCUUGACCUACUACCUCCCAAUCUGGUUCCAAACCGUCAAAGACGCCUCAGCAACCAAAUCCGGCCUCAUGAACCUCCCCAUGAUCCUCGGCUCCGUCAUCCUCGCCAUAAUCUCCGGCGCUAUCGUCAACGUCACCGGCUACUACACGCCCUUCUUCUACAUGUCGCCGGUCAUCGCCGCCCUCGGCGCCGGCCUCCUCACAACCCUGAAAACAGACUCCGGCAGCGCCCAGUGGAUCGGAUACCAGUCUCUAUACGGGAUCGGGCUCGGGAUGGGCAUGGCGCAGCCUACAGUCGCCGUGCAGGCUGCGCUGCCUCAUGAGGACGUUCCAACGGCGAUCGUGCUGGUCUCGUUUAUGCAGACCUUGGGCGGGGCGGUUAUGGUUGCCGCGGCGCAGAAUAUCUUCCAAGACCAUCUGGUGCGGAAUCUGGUUCGGGGCGUGCCGGGUCUUGAUUUUGCGAAAGUGGUGGCUGCGGGCGCGACGAAACUGCGUGAUGUUGUGGAGCCGGAGAUGCUGCCUGCUGUGCUGGAGGCGUAUAGCUCGGCCAUUACGGUUUCGUUUUAUGUGGGCGUUGCGAUGGCGGCGAGUAUGGUUUUUGGGGCGUUGCCGAUUCAGUGGAUUAAUGUUAAGAAUAAGGCUACGGGGGGUGUGGCACACUAA